AUGGAGAUACGAAAGUAUCUUAUAAAGAGGUUUCACACAAAUCGAAAUGUACAAUUUGAAUUGAAAGAUUUGUUAGAGAUCAAUCUUGGAGAUGUGGAUGCUAGGCAAGAGGUAAUGGUGUUUCUGGAUUACUGGGGUUUGAUUAAUUUCGAUUCUUUAUCUUCUAUGGGUUAUGUUGAUUCAGUGAAACAGGAGGAACCAACAGUUGAGUACCAUUGCAAAUCUUGUUCUGUUGACUGUUCUCUCAAGGGCUACCAUUGCCAGAAGCAGAUCCCUUCAUUGCUUCAAGGAUUUGUAUUCAUUAACUAUCUUUUGUUUUAUGGCUGUUUGUCAUUGUUUGUGUUGAUUGAUUUUGCUGUCUGUCAUUUAGAUAGCAACAAGCUGUUGUAUGAUGUGUCUGACGGGGCAGAUUUUUAUAUAUGUACCAAUUGCUUCAGUAAUGGAAAAUUUGGCUCUGGCAUGUCCUCCUUGGAUUUUUUACUCAUGGAGCCGUCAGAAGUACCAGGGAUUAGUGGUGGAAAAUGGACUGAUCAGGAGACUCUUUUGCUCCAUGAAGCAUUAGAACUUUAUAAAGAAAACUGGAAUGAAAUUUCAGAACACGUUGCAGCAAAAUCAAAAAGCUCAAUUACACUUUUUCAAAUGCCAAUUGAAGAUGCCUAUGUUGAUUGUGGUGAUGAUGCUGAUGCAAAUGCUUUAGAAUUUUAUGAGAAUAAGAUUAGUGAUGCCAUUGAAGUCCAUGCGCGGUCCCUUCAAAUUGAAACUACUAAAGCUGACGAUGGUAAUAAUGUGAAAGUUAAUGAGGAGACUCCAAAACCAGACAAUGUUGAUGACGAGAAAACCUGUGAGCAAACCUCUAAAUCAGAAGAUGAUUUAAAAUUAAAAUUUGGUCAAGAAGAAGGCGACAACUAUUCUCAAAAUGCACUGGAGGAAACAUUUAUAUAUCUUCCCUACUCCAUGGAUGCAUCUCAAGACAGUCCUGUAAUUACUGAAGUUUUUAAUGUUCGAAGGCACCCAAUAGCAUUUUUCCUUGGACGCAUGGUGGAUUCUGGUGCAGCUGUUGCUUCAGGGCAUAACUCUUCAAAAUCCAUGUCUGUAAAUUCUCCCAGCACUGUGCUUUCUGCAAGGCACUGUUUUCUUCUGGAAGAUCCACCCGGUGAUAAUAAGCCAAGUAGAUCUAAGAGACGAUGGAGUCUGGAAAAAUCAAUUGUUUUAAAGGAGAAAGCAAUGAUUGAUAAUGAGGAAGUUGCUUAUGAUAAUUGUAAUUUAAAGUUACCCAGUGAUCAAGCAACAAGGGCUGUACAUGGUUCUGAUGGUUCUACACUCAAGGAUAAAGUUCUACUCAGUUCUGAGUUGAAAAAGGGAAUUUCACCGCAUAAGAGCUCCCAGCCAAUUCAAGAACUAAAGAAUGGAGGCGUGUCCAACGAUCUUCCAGCAGAAAAUAGACUUCCACAGUAUAUUAAAUCCAAUCUAGGAGAAACAAAAAAUGUUAAUGCAGUGUCUGAUUUAUGCCCUCAGAUAAGAGCAAGCCUUUAA